AUGGAAGAUGUACAUGAAGCAAUUUUCCGAGCUGUUGAACGAGGGAUUUUUGAGUUUAUUGAUCGUAUAUUCCAAGCAAGUCCAAAUCUCGUGUGGAGCUAUAAUCGAAUGAGAAGGAACGCAUUUCAAUUUGCCAUUGAAUGUCGUCAAGAAAAAGUUUAUACCCUGAUUUAUAAACUUGAUAAAAGAAAAAGAAGUUCGAUUGCAAAUCUUGUAGAUACUUCUAAGAAUGGCAUGCUACAUGUGGCAGGGAUGUUAUCCCCGUUAGCAAAGUUGGAUAAUAUCUCAGGUGCAGCUUUGCAAAUGCAGAGAGAAUUGCAAUGGUUUAAGGAGGUGGAGACUAUUACAUUUCCCAGGAGCAAAGAAGCUUUAAAUGCAGAGUUUUUGGCACCACGUGAUGUCUUUACCAAGAACCACAAGGAAUUGGUGAAGGAAGGAGAAAGGUGGAUGAAAGAAACUGCAACUUCUUGUACAUUUGUAGGUGCUCUCAUUUUUACCAUCAUGUUUGCUUCAGCAUUCACAGUUCCUGGUGGAAACAAUGAACGGACAGGCAUUCCCAUAUUCUUGAAUAAGAAGAUAUUUAUGGUUUUUAUAGUUUCAGAUGCCAUAUCGCUCUUUUCUUCCACAACUUCAGUGUUGAAGUUCUUGGGAAUUCUUACAUCACGUUAUGCAGAAGAUGAUUUCCUCAAAUCCUUACCAACAAAGAUGAUAAUAGGGCUUUCCACACUAUUCUUCUCUAUUGCCGCCAUGAUGGUUGCCUUUUCUUCUGCCCUGUUCAUUAUGAUCCAUCAACAAUCAUGGAUUGUUGUUCCAAUCAUAUUCCUUGCUACUGUUCCAAUCACCUUAUUUAUUUGGAUGCAGUUUCCUCUUCUUGUUGAGAUGUUCAUUUCUACUUAUGGAAGUGGAAUAUUCGAUAGGAAAGUGAAACAGUGGACAUAA